AUGCUGAGAGGAGGAAGUCCAUCGGAGCCACGCAUUUGGUCGCAGUAGCGAGAGGGUGCUUCGCUUUUCUGACCCCCAUGUUUGGUGGCAAUGAGGUGAAUGAGAAACACUCCUAUGGGGAUUUGAUCAGCAGAAAAAGGUGAUGUCCAGAUCUUAGACACGGACCAGAACUCCCUCCCAUCAUGGACUCCAAGAAGCCGAGCAUGCUCCGGCAUCUCCGCCAGAAGAUGAUGCCGCACCUCCGGCGAGGGAAGCCGAACCAAAGCAAGCACCUCCUUCAGCCGGGGCACACCCUGGACCACCGGAUGAGCUCAUCCGUUCCGGACAUGAGGGACAUGACGCAAGAGUUUGCGCACAUCUCCUCCGUCCCAAAGCUGCAGCAGAACAACACUCCCAGCUUCAGCAACCCCUCUACUCCACUCGUCCAGUCAGACAGAGGCCAAGGAGGAGGUGGGGGUGGCCUGCUGAUGGGAGUGUACGACGGUGAAGCUGGGAGGAGUGUCCCUGCAGACUGCACUGACUGGGCUUCCUCUCAGGAGUCAUUCAACAGUCUGUGUGGGGAGGAAAAGAGCUCUCCAGAGGCCAAGUACAGAGCACCUGGGGUCAUGGAGCCUGAGGAGCUGGGCCUGCCCGAGAUGAUGACCGUGUACAGCCCGGAGCCUCCAUCAGUGGAAGUGUCCCAGGACAGCUCUCAGCAGUAUGAUUGUCAGGAAUACGGAUCAAAAGACGAGGACAACCAAAACUCUGAGAUGGGCAAUGAGUCUCGGAGAAUGUCGGAGGGAAUCAAGGAUUCUCUCCGGUCCUUCCUGCUCACCAUCAACCUGAAGGAGGGACGCAACCUGGUCAUCAGGGACCGCUGCGGUACCAGCGACCCUUAUGUGAAGUUCAAAUUGGACGGGAAAACAUUCUACAAAAGCAAAGUGGUUUAUAAAGACCUCAACCCGACAUGGAAUGAGACCUUCUCCAUUCCCGUGAAGGAUCUGAACCAGAAGCUGUACAUUAAGGUAUACGACCGUGAUCUGACUACUGAUGACUUCAUGGGCUCCGCUAUCGUCACCCUGAGUGAACUGGAGAUGGACAAGGUCAACGAGAUGUACUUGCCCUUGAACGACCCCAACAGCCUGGAGGACGACAUGGGCCAGGUGUUGGUGGACAUGAGACUUUCACUCCGGGACGGAGAGAGCAAAAGAGGCCCUAGGUGGCCCCAAAAAAGAAAACGAAGUGUUAGGUCGGGAGGCUCUUCUCAGAGCUUCAGUCUGUCCGAGUCUCUAAGGAAGAGUCAGCUGUGGACCUCUGUUGUGUCAGUGACUCUGGUGGAGGGCCAGGAGCUGCCGCUGGAUGCUCAGGGGGGUCAGCUCUUUGUCCGCUUCAGACUGGGAGAGCAGAGAUUCAAAAGCAAGAAUCACUGCCGGGUGUCCAACCCACAGUGGAGAGAGAGGUUCACUCUGAACCAGUUUGUGGACAGUCCGGACACCCUGGAGGUGGAACUCUGGUCUAAAGAAGGACGGAGGAGCGAGGACAUGCUGGGAGCGUGUGAAGUUGACCUGUCCAUGGUACCCUUUAAUCAGAGACAGCUGUUAACACACACCCUGAACCAGGGCAAGGGGCGCUUGGUCUUCCUGCUCACACUGAACACAUGCAGCGGCGUCUCCAUCUCUGACCUGAGUGCUGCGCCUCUCGAUGAACCCAAAGAACAAGAGAUCCAGCUGGACAACUACAGUUUGAAAAGGUCCCUGAAAAACCUCCGUGAUGUCGGUUUCCUUCAGAUAAAAGUCAUCAAGGCUGCAGAUCUGAUGGCUGCUGAUUUAAACGGCAAGAGUGAUCCUUUCUGUGUGCUGGAGAUGGGGAACGACAGACUGCAGUCCCACACAGUCUACAAGAGCCUCUACCCAGAGUGGAAUAAAGUCUUCACAUUCCCUGUCAAAGACAUUCAUGAGGUUCUGGUGGUGACUAUCUUUGAUGAGGAUGGAGACAAGGCGCCAGACUUUCUGGGAAAAGUUGCCAUUCCCCUGCUCUCGAUCCGCAGGGGACAGCAGAUCACCUACCCGCUGAAGAAGGAGGACUUAGGUGGGCUGUCGAAGGGCAACAUCACUCUGGAGCUGGAGGUUAUUUUUAACCCUGUCAGAGCGAGUGUAAGAACCUUCCAACCACGGGAGAGAAGAUUCCUGGAGGAUAAUCCCAAGUUUUCCAAAAAGGUUCUAGCCAGGAACGUGAUGCGCGUUCAGACGCUGUACAGGGCCAUCAUGUCGACUCUGCAGUACAUCAAAAGCUGCUUCCAGUGGGAGAGCGUUCAGAGGAGCCUGCUAGCCUUCCUGGUGUUUCUGGUGACAGUGUGGAACUGGGAGUUCUACAUGCUGCCCCUCUUCCUGGUGCUGCUCAUCGCCUGGAAUUACAUCCAGAUCCGUUCCGGACGGGUCGCUCAGGACGAGGACAAUAUGGAUGUGGGGGAUGAUGAAGAGGAUGAUGAGAAGGAGUCAGAGAGAAGAGGGCUGAUGGAGAAAAUCCACAUGGUCCAAGACACCAUCAUCACCCUUCAAACCCUGCUGGAUGAGAUCGCCAACUUUGGGGAGAGGAUUAAAAACACUUUCAACUGGUCGGUGCCAUUCCUGUCCGGCCUGGCUAUCCUAAUUUUUAUCACUGCAACAAUCCUCACGUACUACAUCCCUGUUCGAUACGUGGUUCUAAUAUGGGGCAUCAAUAAAUUCACCAAGAAAUUACGGAACCCGUAUAGCAUCGACAACAAUGAAGUGCUUGAUUUCCUGUCGAGGGUGCCUUCAGAUGUGCAGAAGGUUCAGUACAGUGAGAUGAGAGGCAGCAGGAAGAAGAAACUAUUGUAGUUCCUCCUCAAAAACAGUUCCCAGAGGACCUGCAUGUCUCUGGGUGCAUGGUAGGUUUGAAUCUAAAUCCCCUGGUGGUGAUACACAGCUGGGCAUCGCUCAUGUCACAUAGCCCCAAAAAGACCUUUCAACCAAAGCAGUCCUUUGAGGACCCCGCAGAGAUAUUUGUAAUUUAAUUUCCAAAGAUUGUAUGUACAGUUUUUUUCUUUAAGAUAAUCAGAAGCUGCUUUAUUUUCUAUAUGUCAUGGCCCCAGGUUAUGUUUUUUUGUGAAACCAGCUGAAAUAUCAGUUUGUAUUAUAUUGCAUGUAUGUGCUGGGUGUGUGACAACUUGUUUAAUAUCUUUAUGUUAUUUACAUCGAAAAUGUGCUGACUUCCAAAAUGGAAUAAUCACCAAAUGGUGAACAAAGUUGUUGCUGGAAUGAACGUAAAUUUAAUUAUGGGUCACCAUUUUAAAGUACAAGUCAUCAUAAGACAUUUUCAUAGAAAAUAGUACAUGGUUUUUGGGGUUUAAAAGAAUAUGAUGAAUUUUCGGUAAAAAGAAUUAAGGCUUUCAUAUGUACAUAUAACGCUGGCCCUGAAAGUCAAUAACAAAACAUUCAUAAAACAUAAUUUCACAAAACACAACUGCAAUUCAGAAAUUCCAACAACAUAACACAAACAGGAAGAGGUAGGUAGGUAUUGGAAAAGAAUUCCCCUUUGCUGAUUAGUUGCAUCUAAACAAAGGAAAAUACUUCUUAUUUGGGCAAAGACUGGUCCACAUUUCCCAUAAUGCCUAAUGGUGGCUAAUUGAUUACGUUUGCUGAGUAGUUAACGCUUCUUUUUUUAUAUUACUUUUUGAGGAACACACGUCCAAUACGUGCUGACAUUUUCCGGUUUGAGGAAAUGUGGUUGUUUUUCUCUACUGCUGCUGUGUUUUGUGAAAUCUUACGUUUUCUGAAAUAUUUUUGUUUUUUAAAAAUGUUUUGUUUGACAUUUACAGCAACAUUGAUACGUAGCAAAUAUUCUGCAUGUUUUUUCUUUUAUUUACCUUUUUAUAAUGGAUAAAUGGCUAUAUGCGUACAAAAUUGACUGACUGAUUUUACUUUAACGUGACUUUAUGGACUUAUAUUUACAUAAGAUUAGUCCUUACAUGUAGUGUUUCAUGCAAUAUACAAAGAGGAGGAUUGUACUCUGUUGUAUUUUACUCUUUGCUUUUGAAUGGGAUGGGGCCAGAUCUGUAUACAUGCAACUUUAUUUAUUAAUGACAAUCACAGAUGAAGACUUUGUUUCUCAUUUCCAAAAGCAAUAAAUGCAAAGUUUGGGUAUA